AUGAAACCAGAAACUUUACUCAAGAAAAUAAUAGAAGCUAUAGAAACAGCUUCACCAACUACAAUAACUUUUAAUGGUAAAAAAAUCAGCAUAACUAAAAAACUUAUUGAUAAAUAUAAAUAUUGUAAAGUCAGAGACGAUAUAGACUUAGAAAGAAUUGACGCGAACGCAAAAGAAGGUGGAUUUAUAUUUUCCCUACCUUUAAUAUUUAGUGGACUUAUUGCAGCCGGUACAAUAGCUGGUGCUACAGCUGGUGGACCCCUCUUUGCCAACGAAAAGAAAGCAGCUGCAGUUAAAGCAGCCGAAGAACAUAGACAUAAUUUAAAAAUGGAAAAGCUGGCCAAAGGUUCAGGAGUGGGAGAAAUGAUAGGCACAAUGAAAGAAUUUGGAAAAAGAUUUAGUGAGGAACCAAGAAAACUGUUAAACAAGGAUUAA